UUCGAGCUGCCCUGUUCAAAAAACGACACGCACACGACGUGCACAGACGACCAAAACGACGACGACCACGACGGCCAGAAAUAAGCAAAUUAUUUAGCUAACAAUCGUCGAAAGGGACACUAAGGAUUACCCAGCCGACGAUUGUUGGUUAAAUUUUGCUGAAGGCAGCGCGAAUAAUAACCAAUAAAAAAUAUAUCAAUAUUGAUUAUAAUAAAUAAUAAAUCGAUCUGCAAAGUGAAUGAAAUAACGAACAAGUGCAAAAUUGGAAACCCACUGAAACUGUGACAAAAUUUUGCAUUUAAACGAGCGCAUAUAUAGCGGAUGCAUAUAUAUGCAGAAUACGAGAAAAAGUGUUAAUUCUAAUUUUCCCUAAUUAUUCAUAAUUACGGAAAACUUGCAAGGAGAAUUUAUGACGUGGCUAAAGUGCUAACCACGCUGGAAACUCGAGGAUAAUUUGUUGUUUUGAUUAUUAUGGGGCGGCUAACCAUUUGGUUCCUGCUGGGACUAACGUUAAUCGCCGUCUCCAAUAAUGUUGGGUUUGUCAAUGCCGAUGUCGGACCAAGCGAAUCAGAAUGUCGACCCUACAUUGAAAAGGCCAUACAUGAAUUGAAAACAGAUGGUGUCAGAGAUGGAUCUGGAGAACUGCAAUCCGAUCAGCCACGUGGGGACGACGACGAUGACGGCGAUGAUGAGGACGCGAAAAGUGCCAACGAUUUGGAUGGCGAUGGCAUUCCCGAUGACGAGGACGAUGAUAUCGAUGGGGAUGGCAUACCGAACGACAAGGACGAUGAUAUCGAUGGAGAUGGCAUACCAAACGACGAGGAUGAUGACAUUGAUGGCGAUGGCAUCCCGAAUGAUGAGGACGAGGAUAUCGAUGGGGAUGGUGUGCCCAACUCCAAGGACGAGGACAUCGACGGGGAUGGUGUGCCCAACUCCAAGGACGAAGACAUCGAUGGCGAUGGCAAGGCGAAUCACGAGGAUGAUGAUCUAGAUGGCGACGGCACUCCAAAUCAUGAGGACGAAGAUCUUGAUGGAGACGGUGUGCCAAAUGAGGAAGACGAUGAUCUGGAUGGAGAUGGAAAAAUCAAUCACGAGGAUGAAGACCUCGAUGGCGAUGGAGUGAUAAAUGAAGAUGAUGAAGAUCUGGAUGGUGAUGGCAAAGUUAACCACGAGGAUGAAGAUAUCGAUGGAGAUGGCGUGAGGAACGAAAAGGAUGACGAUUUGGAUGGCGAUGGCACCAACAAUUCCAAGGAUGAAGAUCUGGAUGGUGAUGGUGUGCCGAACGAGAAGGACGAGGAUCUCGAUGGGGAUGGCAUCCUGAAUGAACACGACGGGGAUAUCGAUGGCGAUGGAGUUCCCAACGAGCACGACGACAAGGACAGCGGCGAGAAUCACGAUGGCGACGACGGUGAUGACGAGGAUGAGAAGGAUGCGGUGAAGAAGCGUAGCAAACGUGAGGUGGAUGCUGCUCCCGUUAUGGAUAUUGAGGCUCCACCAAGUCCCGCCGAGGAAUUCCCCGUAGAGGAGGAGGAAAUUGUCAAGGAGGAAUCUGCCGAAGAGGAACCCGAAGUCGAGGCUGUAAAAGAACCCGAACAGGAAGCUGUCCAGGAACAAGAACCGGAAGUGGUAGUAGAGGAAGUCGAACCGGAACCAAUUAAACAGGAAGAGGAGAAGCUAGAGUCUGAGGAAGUGAAGGAGGAAGAGAAGCCAGCUCCGGUCGAGGAAGCCGAGGAGGAACCCGUUCAGCAGGAAGCCGCUCCCAAGAAACCCGAAGCCGUGCAGGAAGAUGCCGUGGAAUCUGAGGAAGCUCAGGAGGAACCACAGGCCGAUGCCGCGAAGGAUGCCGCUGCUGACGAUGAUGAUGAUGAUGAUGACACCAAGCCAGAGGAUGAGCUUCUCUGGGAAGGACACAUCCCCGAGAACCGUCGCAGUCGCCAGCACAUCACGGAACUGCUUCAGCUGGAUGAGGAGUUCAAUGCCCGCGAAAAGGCCACCGACAAUGUGGCCGAGAUCAUUUUGCGUGACAUUAAGCGCAUCUACGAGAACGCCGUUAAGCCCUUGGAGACCCUCUACAAGUAUCGCGACCUGAGCAACCGCCACUUUAGCGAUCCCGAGAUCUUCUCCAAGCCACUGAUCCUGUUCAUGGGUCCUUGGUCGGGUGGCAAGUCCUCCAUCCUCAACUAUUUGACCGACAAUGAGUACACCCCCAACUCCUUGAGAACUGGUGCUGAACCCUCUCCGGCCUACUUCAAUAUUCUGAUGUGGGGCAAUGAGACGGAGGUUCUCGACGGCACCCAACUGGCGGCGGACUACACCUUCUCCGGCCUGCAGAAAUUCGGCCAGGGAUUGGAGGAGCGCCUGCGGGGUCUGAAGAUGAAGAGCAAGAUCCUCGAGAAGGUCAACAUCGUCGAGAUACCCGGCAUUCUAGAGGUGCGCAAGCAAGUGUCCCGAGUCUUCCCCUUCAACGACGCCUGCCAGUGGUUCAUCGAUCGGGCGGACAUCAUCUUUCUGGUCUACGACCCGGCCAAGUUGGAUGUGGGUCCCGAGACGGAGGCCAUUCUCGACCAGCUGAAGGGGCGCGAGUACCAGACGCGCAUCAUCCUCAACAAGGCGGACACUGUCAAGCCGGAGGAGCUGCUGCGCGUCCAGGGCGCCCUCAUCUGGAACAUCUCGCCCCUGAUGUCCUCCGCCCAGCCCCCGCUGAUGUACACCACCUCGCUGUGGACGCAUCCCUACCAGGAUGGCGCCCCCGCCCGCCUGCUGCUCGCCCAGGAGCGCGCCUUCCUGCGCGACCUGCGCACGGCCAUCGACAAGCGCAUCGAGCACAAGAUCGCCAGCGCCCGCCGUUUCGCGGUGCGCGUGCGCAACCACGCCAAGAUGGUGGACUGCUACCUGAACACGUUCAACAACCACAAGACGCUGUUCGGCAACAAGAAGCGCAUCGCUGACGACAUCAUCGACCAUCCGCAGAACUACCACAUCUACGAGGGCCUCUCCACGCUGACGAACAUCUCGCGCUACGAUCUCCCCGACCCGGAGGUCUACCGCGACUUCUUCCGCCUGAACCCGCUGUACGAGUUCAAGAAGCUGAGGGACACCUGCACCUACUUCCGCGGCUGUCCGAUCACCAAGCUGGACCUGGCCAUUGCCUACGAGCUGCCCGAGCUGGCCGGCAAGUACAAGAAGAUGUCCGAGUCGGCGUUGGCUGCCAUCGAGGCGCAGCAGAGGGAUGGGGCCCAGCAGAACCAGGCCGAUCCCAAGAAGACGAGUUGAGGUGUUGGCUCCUCCAGAGGAGAAAACCUGCCAUUUAGUUUGUUUUAGCGAGAGAUAGAGAGAAUGUGACAUCGGCACCGGUAACCGUCUAUAGGGAAUUAAUAUCGACACGGGAGAAAUGUUAUUAUAGAACCCCCAAUAAUCGGUAGAGGACAACAGCGCAAGACAUUAAACAAGGCCAUUGUUUGAGGGAAGAGGGAGAGAGACAGAGCUAAAUAAAUAGAGAGAGACAGA